UCUUCCACUCCUUCUCUUUCUUCUGUUCUUUCUCUCGUUUCUUCUCUUCUGUGCUUAUCCAUCUUUCUCACUAACUCUGUCUGCUUCAACAAUGACGGUUUUCACUUUGCUUUCUACCCCACUUGGCACUGCGGCCUGCGAAAAGCAUGCAAAGGCUCUUCAGUUCAUUGAAGAGAUGACGAAAAACGCAGACGCAGUUCAGGAGAAGGUUUUGGCUGAGAUCUUGACCCGAAAUGCCGAGACUGAGUACCUCCGUAGAUAUAAGCUUAAUGGUGCGACCGAUCGCGAGACCCUUAAAUCGAAGGUACCUGUGAUCACAUACGAGGAUCUUCAGCCUGAGAUUCAACGCAUUGCUAAUGGCGAUCGGUCCGCCAUACUCUCCGGUCACCCCAUCUCUGAAUUCCUCACCAGCUCUGGAACAUCAGCAGGUGAGAGAAAGCUCAUGCCAACAAUUCGAGAAGAGCUGGAUCGCCGUCAAUUUCUGUACAAUCUUCUCAUGCCCGUGAUGAAUCUUUACGUGCCAGGCCUGGACACGGGAAAGGGGCUCUACUUCUUGUUCGUGAAAUCGGAGACGAAGACACCUGGGGGGCUACUGGCUCGCCCUGUGCUCACAAGCUACUACAAGAGCGAUCACUUCAAGACGAGACCUUACGACCCUUACAAUGUUUACACCAGCCCCAACGAAGCCAUCCUCUGCUCUGAUUCCUUCCAGAGCAUGUAUACUCAGAUGCUAUGUGGUCUCUACCAACAGAAGGAAGUCCUCCGUGUUGGCGCCGUCUUCGCCUCCGGCCUACUCAGAGCGAUCCGAUUCCUGCAACUCCACUGGCAGCAACUUGCACAUGACAUUGCCACCGGGACUGUAAAUCCCAAAAUCUCCGAUCCGUCUAUCCGUGAAUGCAUGUCGAGUCUCCUCAAGCCCAACCCUGAACUCGCUGAGUUCAUCACCGGUGAAUGCUCUGGGGAGAACUGGGAAGGAAUCAUAAGCAGAAUCUGGCCAAACACCAAGUACCUCGACGUGAUAGUCACCGGCGCCAUGGCCCAAUACAUCCCAACCCUUAACUAUUACAGCGGCGGCUUACCACUGGCAUGCACCAUGUACGCUUCUUCCGAGUGCUACUUCGGUCUUAACCUAAAACCAAUGUGUAAACCCUCUGAGGUUUCCUACACGAUCAUGCCCAACAUGGGCUACUUCGAGUUCCUCCCUCACGAAUCCACAUCUUCCGCACUGAGCCGUGACUCACCACCCCGAUUGGUGGAUCUCGUCGACGUUGAAGUUGGGAAGGAGUAUGAACUGGUGAUCAGUACGUACGCGGGGCUGUACCGGUACCGAGUCGGAGACAUACUCCGGGUCACCGGGUUCUACAACUCGGCUCCACAGUUCCAUUUCGUGAGGAGGAAGAACGUGUUGUUGAGUAUUGACUCGGACAAGACCGACGAGGCGGAGUUGCAGAAAGCGGUGGAGAACGCGUCGGAGCUUCUGCGUGAGUACAACACGAGCGUAGUGGAGUACACGAGCUUUGCCGACACAAAGAGCAUUCCGGGGCACUACGUGAUAUACUGGGAGUUGCUGGUGAAGGAUCAGGGGAAUGCGCCGAGGGAGGGGGUGAUGGAUCAGUGCUGCCUGGCCAUGGAAGAAUCGUUGAACUCGGUUUACAGACAGGGGAGAGUGGCGGACAACUCGAUUGGACCUCUGGAGAUAAGGGUUGUGAAAAAUGGGACAUUUGAGGAACUGAUGGACUAUGCCAUCUCAAGGGGAGCUUCCAUUAACCAAUACAAGGUGCCGAGGUGCGUCAAUUUCACACCCAUCAUGGAGCUUCUCGACUCAAGGGUCCUCUCUGCUCAUUUUAGCCCUGCUUUCCCUCAUUGGACCCCUGAACGACGACGGUGACAAGACACGAAAUCAAAUUGGAAAAAG